AUGGCAGGAGCAGCUAUCGCCUAUUAUCUGGUCCUCGUAGCGCAGAUGGGAGUCAUUUGGUGGACUACAUGCUUGGCGGGGACCAUGCAGAACGAGUGGUUGCGGAGCACGCAUAAGGGCCUCUUCGAUGAGGUGCGGGAUUACGCCGUGAUGACGACACCUUUCGCAGGAGUAGUUCGAGCUGUCGUAUUCAAAGAUUGCGCUGGCGUUGAUGAGAUGACUGCACGGUGGGAGGAGGGGCUCAACAGAAGUAUCGCAGAGAGGGAUUACCUCUGCAUGGCACCUGUGCGAAAUCGUACCGUGGCAUACUGGCCUCCACAUGCAAUUGCAGCAGCUUUGACCUCGAGGAAGUCAGCGCAGCAUGGGACGAAAGUGCCAGAAACCGUUAAGGAGAUGUCUUAUUCCGUUCCUGGCCUGGACAAGCUAUGGCGCAGCAUGCAGGAUUGGGAGUCCUUUGCUGCAAAACUGGCAAGGCAAGCACGCGGUACGCCUCGCGACGUCGACUUCAAGCGGGUGGCGUCACCCUGUCUGAAUACUACACUCAUCUUUGGCAAGCCGAAAUUUUUAGACAAGUACCUUGGCAUGGUCUUCGUUGAGGGCCAAGUAGACGAGGUCCAAGAAGAGGCCUGUUCUUCCAUGGAUGAUGAAUCUGUGCCUCCUUCAUGGUGUGAGGAAGGCAGUAAGUCGGUAGCGAGUGAGCGAAAGCGGAAGUUUGAAAUAUUGAACAUGCUGCUCCUCCUCGUGCUGGCGGUGAAGUUCGUUGUUAGCAAUGUUCAUGAUGUUUGCACUCACCUCUUCGGACUGCCCAGGAUGCGAUCUCGUUGCGACAAGCACAUGGAAGGGCUUGGCAUCAAGGUGAUGUCGAUCUUGCUGUGCCUGGCACUGCAGGCUGUGCGUGGCACCAUGUUCUUGAUUGUAUGGAGACAAGGGCAUGCUUUGAUGGCGCAUGUUCCGGAAAUUGGGAUGGCAUGCGUUGUGGUGGUGCACGUCGUGGUCUGCAUUCUGAAUGAAAUUGAUAAGUUUGCUAGAUGUUCCGAAUCUAUUUGUCGCUGCAGUCCUCUGAUAAUGAAUUCUGCCUUCUGGCUGGGAUUUUUUGGGAUGAUGAUCGCGUGCUCUAUCCCGAUGCUGGCGGUAUCCUAUUACAGUUUCGACUUCGCCUUGAAGGGGCGGGCGAGCUGCCAUGUGUUUGUUUCUGAUGGCGCCGUGAUAUCCGAUAAGUUUGAGGAAGCAGGCAGAAUUAGCAGCAUGCUUUAUUGCUUGUUCGCGGUGUUGUCCGUGGCAGAGACAAGCCUGUGGCUUUGGGUCCACGUUCUAAUCCCAGACAGGAAAAAACUGUCACCGGAAGUUACACCUGCGCUGCUCAGCAGAGCCGGUGGCUAUGUACAAGUUUCAGGGCCAAGGCAUGAAGAGGAGAUAGCAAGAAUCGAGUCCAUCCACAUGCGUGGCAACAAGCACACCGGCAGGAAGCACAAGAAUCAGAACAAGAAGACUAGGCCCUCGGUCAUAGCGGCAAAGAGGCGCAACAAGGACAUCGAUCAGGUACACGAGGAUCUCAAGGCACCGCAAAAGUUUCAGCCUGGCACGCUUCCACGUGAUGAAGACUUGCCAGGGAUGGGGCAGUUCUACUGCAUAGCUUGCAAUCGGUUCUUCGCUUCGUCAGAGGUCAAGGAAAAGCAUGAGCGAUCAAAGUUGCACAAGCGAAGGCUGCAGAAAGCUUCAGAUGAUCCUCACACACAGCAGGACGCCGAGAUGGCCGUAGGCUUGACAACUCAGAGAUAG